AUGUGUAAACAAAAUGAAGUUUGCGGUAAAUAUGAAGGAAGACAUCAAUGCAUAUGUGGAUCCGGGUGGCUUGGACAAAACUGCACGAUUGAUAGAGAUGAAUGCACAAACAACCUGUGCCCAACUUAUUCGAUCUGUAAGAAUACGCCAGGCUCUUAUGAAUGUACAUGUAUAUCAGGCUGGAAAGGAGAUAAAUGUGACGAAGAUAUAGAUGAAUGUCUAGAUAAUCCAUGUCAGCACACGUCAAGAUGUAUCAACGCACAGGGUUAUUACAACUGUUCUUGCAAUAAAGGUUGGACGGGGAGUACCUGUGAUAUGGAUAUUAACGAAUGUUUAGAACAUCCGUGUCUGCAUUCUUCAACUUGCAUAAAUGCACAAGGAUAUUACAACUGUAGUUGUGCGAAAGGUUGGGAAGGUCAACAUUGUGCUCACGACAUAGAUGAGUGUAAGUUGAAUGCUUGUUCAGCAAUUAAGAUGUGUAACAAUACUAUAGGAUCAUUUGAGUGCAGGUGUUAUCCAGGAUUUCAAGGAGCCGAUUGUGACGUCGAUAUUGACGAAUGUAAACAAUCGACAUGUUACAAUAACGGGACGUGCGUCAAUACUUUUGGUCAUUACAAAUGCAACUGUGCCUCUGUUUGGCAAGGUGACAAAAUACAUGGAAAUGCCACUGUGACAGUAAAGGCAGACGUGUCAACGCAAAGACAGUUACAGCAGAUCAUUCCUAAACAAAAACAUCAGAAUAACGACGGUCAAGAGCAAAAAAGCCAGCAGAAGAACUUUCAUAUAAAACAACAGCAAAACAUGGAAUUCCACGUGCAUUUGCACCAGCAGCAUGGUCGUCCAAAUCUAAACAGAUCAUUGCAAAAAGCAAAAGGAAACCAUUGCAAUGAAACACGCAAAGACAAACCUGAACAGCAUAGUAUGCGACUAGAAUCCUGUGAUGAAAAUGAUUAUGAGGCCGAGGAAGUGCAGGAAUAUCAAGAUGUGUAUCAAAUUGAAGAAGAAUAUGACAUUCAUGUGCCGCAAGAUGAUAAUAAGAAAGAAGUGGUACCCCAGCAAAAGUAUUGGUUAAGGAAGAUAAAGAGGUACUUCAAGCGAAUACAAAAUCCACUAUGGCGUUUUUAG